AUGGCUUCUGUUUCAUCAAGCACAAAAAACAGUACUUACCAUACCCGAUCCAUCAGCUUACCGUCAACAUUGCACAAAUCAUCCCCAUUCGACAAGUUAUAUCAAGAAGCGACCACGUAUAGUUCUUCUUCUUCUUCUUCUUCAUCAAUUAUAGGCCACAAAGUAAAUGGGCUAAAUGAUAUGUUUGAAUCCAUUGAGACGUUGCUAAGCACUCAACGAUUGUUAGGUGAUGGAUGUCACAAAGAAGAAAUAAAUGGUAUUUUAGAUGAACUUCUGGUGCUUUUAGAUCUUUGUAGCACCACCAAGGAUGCCUUGUGCAUGUCCAUGGAUGCUGCCAAAGAACUUCAGUCAGUUUUUAGACGAAAAAGAGGUGAUGGUGAUGGGUUGAUAUCCUCGGUUAGGCAAUAUCUAUCUGAAAGGAAAAAUGUUAAGAAUCUCACUCAGAAGGCAAUAUCACGAUUGAAAAAACAAAGCUAUUCACCCAUUAAGGAAAAAGGGACUACAACUGACAUCAAUCUACUUAAGGAUGUGGGAUCAAAUACUUUAAUGAUGCUUGAAUCCUUAAUGACCUUCAUUCAGGGAUCAUAUUCACUAUCAAGGCCUAUGGUUUGGUUUUCAGUAUCGAAGAUUUUGUGCAACAAACGUGUGCAGUGUAAUCAAAUGCUUGAAAAGGAUGAAAUGAAGAAGGUAGAUGAUGAAAUAAUCGCUCUAUUCAGCCACAAGGGAACAAAUAAAGGCAUAUUUGAUGUCGAGAUUAUGUAUAAAAGCUUGUCUGAAUUGGAGUUUAGCCUCCAAAAUCUACAUGAACAUGUAGAAUGCCUCUUUAGACAUUUGAUCAAAACUAGAGUGUGUCUUCUAAACAAGCUCACCUGCUAG